AUGAACAAUCGCGACGAAGAUCAAAGUCCGCCUGAUCCAUCGAGCUUCGGCUCGUGGAGUUGGAUGGCACCUAUGAGUCCAGGUUCAACGGACGCCCAACAACCAUACCCAACACCGAAUUCAUUUCAGACCCCUAAUACCUUCUCAUCGUACUCACAGCCGUACCCGUCGGCUGCAUCAUCUUCAUCCUCAGCGCCGGGGUCGGCCUUCAGAUCCGCACCUAAGGUGGCCAUUCCGCGCUUGGCGGGCUCGGAAACGGGUUUUGGCGGGCGCCGCCGCUCCGCUCGAGCUUGCGAGCCUUGUCGCCAACGAAAGAUCAAAUGCGACGGGCUGAGGCCGUCCUGUGGGCAAUGUAUCUAUCACAACCACCGGUGUUCCUACGAGGACGUCAAACGCGUCCGUGACCAGAAACGACUCGGCACGUUGGCGAAACGCGUCGAGGCCUACGAAGCCCUUUUACGAGAAUUAGAGGGAGACGUCGAUUUGCCCACGGCGCGACAGAUCAGGAAAGUAUUGCAGGUAAGUCCGUCUGAGACCGCAGCCUCUGAGACUGCCUCUAAGACUCCUCCAUCUGAGACUCAGGUCUCAAGCUCAGAGUCCUAA